CAGACAGUCAGUCAAAGUAUGGAAAAAGUCGCUUUAUCCAUCGAAGGUAAAUGUAUGGGGAUGUGCCCCCAUGAAGAAAUCAAAAUGCGAGAGCGAGAACGACUACUCCACGUUCUGGAAAUGGUUCCAGGCACUGAAAAAACGCGACACCCCAAAGCCAGCAGGCCCCACAUGGUCAAGUCUUUCAGCAGAUCGGCCGCUGGAAAGCAGAUUCAAAUCGAGGCCCUCAGGCCCCCACCAACUUUACUCAAAACCGUCAGAUAUUUAUUAUGCGACGUAAUUACAACUAAAAAAGUGCCGUGGCAUGUGGUCUACGAUUUUAUCACCGAUCGACUUCUGGCUGUGAGACAAGAUAUGGUGGUACAGAACAUUUCAAAGGCCGAAAGUAUAACCAUCCUGCAGCCGAUCGUGCGAUUUCACGCAUACGCGGCAUACCAGUUAUGUGAGCACAGUGUUGCCAACUUUGACGCCACCUUGAACAACAACCAUUUACAGGAGUGUUUGAAAAGACUGCUACAUUUUUACGAUAGUUACGAUUACUUAAUCAACUGUGAUACGAAUUCAGCGUGCAAUCAAUAUUUAUUGGAAACUCGACCCGAAUUUGAAGCUUUGUACUUGAUUUUUAAUCUAGGGAAUGAUGAAGCUUUGCGGAGGUCACUGUCAAUACCGGAAAAGUGCAAAACAAACGUCGUACGAAAUGCCAUAGACAUGUCUAGAAGUUUCCAAAACGGAAAUUUUGUACGAUUGUGUCGUUUGAUGAAAGAUAUGCCGCCGCUGUUGGCAGCCCUGGCGGCUUUACAUUUGACAGAAGUUCGGCGGAGGGCGUUCCGAACGAUGUCAGUGGCGUACCAUAGUAAAAAUUUAAAUUUCCCGUUGAAAAUUCUAAAAGUGCUUCUGCUAUAUGGAUCAGACGGCGAACUAAUUCAGGACUGUAAACACUAUGAAAUUAAAACUGACACUGACUGUGUAUAUUUUACAAAAGACGGAUUUAAUCAUCAAAAAAAUCCUGUUUCACCACGACGUGAGUUAUUCAUAGAUGACAAAUGUCUACAAGCAAAUGUACAAUCUAUUAUCUUAGGAAUGUAAUAAUAAAGUGACUUUUGUAAUCAA